GUCGUCUCCAGGACCUUCUUCACCGAGCUCGGCUGACGUUCUCAUCUCAGCUUUUAUUUUAUUUAUAACUAAUUUUAGCCUUAAAAUGAUCACAGCACACAGCGGACAUCUUCUACACCCGGAUUCUCUCCAGCCGCUGACUUCAUCUGCGUCUCUCGGCCAUAUCGAGCUGGACGCCUCUAAGAGUCCACUCGCUCUUCUGGCACAAACAUGUUCGCAAAUCGGAAGACCAGACUCGGUUUCUUCCCCAGACUCAUCAAACUGCGCUACAGACUCCAGGUCUCUGAAGAUCGGCUCCAUCAGUUUGUUCUCCAAAUCAGCUGAAAAGAAAGAUUCAGAAGCUUUAACAGAUGCUCAGGGUGUUGUGAGGACACAGAGCGCCACCUGUAGACCGUUUGCUGUUUGUUCUCCUAAAAUUCAAAUAAACAAAGAGGAGAAGAAGGACGGGGACGGUAAUAAAAGUUUGUGUGAAACCUCUGAUAUAAAAGUCAUCAGUGGAAGUUCAGAGAUGAAGAACAAAACAAGACCUGAAUGUGAAAGCAACCUCGAGACGUCGGAGGUGUUUUCCUCUUCUUCCAGUCUCGGAUCGGGUAUUCUGCCGUUUUCUGGUCUUUCUCUUCCUCCGUUUCCAAGAAGCUGUCUGAGAUUCCCUCAGCCGUUUUUACCCGCAGUGAACACCAAACCCGUGUCGUCCAUCAUUCCCGCUGGUCCGUGUGGAGAUCCGUUCUGCCUCAGCUAUCACUGCGCGGCGUCUCUAAAAGCCAAUCUUCCUUUUCUCUAUCCUCCUCCUCCCUCGCUCCCUUCUUCCUCCAUGUCUGCUUUUACACUGUUUCCACAUGGGCUGUUGCCUCUUCCUCACGAGCUCCAGUCCUGUGUUUUUAACAGUGUUUCAGCUCAACCUUCUGAGAGCAGCCUUUCCUCCUCAGUAGGUUCUCAUACACACGUAUCGCCGACUCUCAGGAACCCACAUCACACACUCGGACCUGGAGCUCGCUAUCAUCCCUACUUUAAAACUCCUUUAACAAAUUCAUAUUAUUCUCUACAUGGAGUUUAUGGACAAAGGCUCCAUCUCGCACCCUGAAGGGAAACGUUAAAGGUUCAAGGGAGAACUCUGUACCAGAGGGCAUCCAUUAUUGUUAUUUUUUUAUAAGAAGGAAAAAAAAAUGCCAUAAAUGUGGACUGCCAUAAAAUGAGGAACAAAUUUUUAAUGUAGAUAAAAAAAACAGUUUAAAUUAUUUACAUUGUAUAUUUUGUACAAUCACAUUCAUAAAUAUCAGAUGUUUUUGUUCUCUGUACAACAAUAACACUAACACAAUGAAUUUGAAACGAACCACUCAAGAUGUGAGUGAAGUCACGACUUUUAGCUUCAGUUUAAUGGGUUUAACAAAUGUGUGGCAUUUACUGCUUUUCAUACUCACACCCCUGUUUCAGGUGGCUCAUAAAUAAUGGAACAAAUGGCUGACAAGCAGUUACAGGUUGAGGUGUGGACUCUAAAUAAAGUGAUCAUUGUUCCAACAUUUAUGAACAAGAUUGUAAAAUUUAAAUAAUAUAUGUUAUACAAAAUGUAAUACAAUUUUAUACCGCAAAAAAAAAACAAUGUACAAAGAGUAAAACCUUAUCAUGGCUACUUUUUAAAUCUGUUACAGAGCCACUAAUAAAUGUUUUAAAGGCAUGAUGCGCCACCUGUUGGCUUUUUGUCCUCAGUGCACCUGCAGUCAACAGAAGAAGCUUCAUGUGCGAGCUGUGGGACAAGUGGACACGUGAACGUUAAUGACAAGAACAAACAAAUAAGCAAAAAAAUAAAACGCAAGCUAAGGCUGAAGCUUCAAUCUGUUACCUUUUGUCCACAUAACUUGGACUUUGUGCCAGUGUUACAUGUUUUAAUAAAACAUUAC